AUGUUAUUUAGUGAACUACAGGCUAACAUAACCUAUUACUAUCCUGCGAAUCCCUGCACGACCGCUAUUAUCAGCAAUACUAUCACUCAAUUGUCAACGCGAUGGCCCGCAUUUCCUACUACCGUGCAAAGUCUUUCUAAUCCAAACAUUUCUUCACUAUCCAAUAUAACACAAACGACAAUAUAUGCUUUUAUCUAUUUUACGAAUCUUGACUCUUGUACCAAUUCAUCCACAAUGCCAGAUACAAUAGUCUAUACUCUACGUAUGCAAGAAAAUGGUUCAUAUUAUUAUCGUGCUCAAUCUAUAAAGAUUGAUCCGAAUAUUUAUCGAUGGAAACGUAGUCCCGAAGAUUUUUGUCAAGCUUUAUUAGCAAAAUUUCUUGCUUUUACUAUAUGGAUUUUAACUUUUAUUGAUUUUUAUAUUGGGGCACCGGUUGCCAUUCGAUAUUUAAUGUGUCUCUUUCCCAAUACUGGUCUCUUGUUUUGUUUGGAAGUCAUACAACAAUACGAACGUAAAAGUGUUGAUAUGGCUACAUUCAGAGAUCUUUAUUCCAAUAUAUUUACCUAUCCGCUCUACAUUGGUAUUUGUCUUCUUCUUAUGAUUGUCUAUUCAAUUAUCUAUAUGAUAUUGGCUGUAUAUAUUGAACGUGUCAAUCCGGGUCAAUUUGGUAUAUCGCAACCAUUCUAUUAUCCAUGUUUUCGAAAAAAAACAAAAACUUCGUCAACAGUACCGAUUAGUUAUUCUUCAGAGGAUAAUUGGUUAUCAAUGAAAAGAAAAAAUACUAAGACUCAUGAACAAAAUCAUUGGAUCGAGAUGAAUUCGAAUAUUAAUAAAAUUAGUCCAUUGAUUCGUAUAGAACAUUUAACGAAAGAAUUUGGCAAGUUGACAGCUGUUUCAGAUUUUUCUUUUGAUUUUUACAAAGGUGAAGUAUGCGCAUUAUUAGGACAUAAUGGUGCAGGCAAAACAACGAUUACAUUUAUCCUCGUCGGCAUGAUGAAGGCUACAUCGGGUUGUGUUAUUAUACAAGGUCUAGAUCAUCGAAUAUAUAUUCAACAAACUCGAAAAAUGAUUGGUUUUUGUCCACAAUACGAUAUUCUAUACGAUAAACUAUCUGUUCAAGAACAUUUGGAAUUAUUUGCACAAAUACGUCAUUUAGAUCCAACAACAAUCAAUAAAUCAAUCGAUACUAUUCUAGAUUUAACCGGACUUGUAAAUGAUCGACGCACACUUUCGAAAGAUUUGUCCGGUGGUAUGAAACGUCGAUUGUCGAUUGGAAUUUCAUUAAUAGGUGAUCCAAAAGUGCUCAUUCUCGAUGAACCGACCAGCGGCAUUGAUCCAUACAAUCGUCGUCUCAUUUGGACGAUCAUUCAAAAGAUGAAAGAUGCUGGUAAAUGUGUCAUUCUAACGACACAUUUUCUUGAAGAAGCCGAUAUUUUAUCUGAUCGUAUUGCGAUUAUGAGUCAUGGUCAAUUACAAGCGAGUGGUACACCAGAUUUUCUUAAAAAACAAACAGAAUAUGAAUAUCGACUUUUUAUUGACAAACAAGACAUGUGCAAUACUGAUAAUGUUGCUCAAUUUAUUCGACAACGUAUUCAAACGGUUGUUUUAGAACGUGAAACAUCAUCAGAACUUGUUUUUGGAAUCAAACGUGGUGCAACACAACAUAUUGGUCAAUUGAUCCGUGGUCUCGAUGAACAAUGUCAACAACUUGCUAUUAAUGGUUAUGGUUUAUCGAUGACAACUAUUGAAGAAGUCUUUCUCAGACUCAUUCAAGAAGAACAAGCAAAAACUAAAUAUCAUACCCAUGAUAGACGAGGCAACAGACACGAUCUAGCAAAGAAUAUGUUUUCUGUACACUACAAUCAUAUAUCAGGUAUUCGUCUCUUUUGUACUCAAGUUUGGGCAAUGUUUCUCAAACAAUCGAUUCUUACUCGUCGACAAAUUUCGUUUCUUGUCGGCUUUUUUUUAAUACCAAUUUUUCUCGAAAUUUUAACUGUAGCCAUUUUACCUAAGCCAAAAACUAUUCAAACAUCAAUGUUACAAAAUGAACGUGUAAGAGAUGCUCAAGUUCAAUUAUAUCCAUCUAUCUAUAAUCCACAUACUAUUAUUACCUAUUCGAAUAAUAAUGAUAACAAUGUUCAAUCACAUCUUUUGACCUAUUUGACAAAUACAAAUGCAACUAUUAAACAAUUAUCUACAAAUACAAUUGUCAAUGAAGUUAUAUCUCAAUGGAAUGAAUCCGAAGAUAUAUUUAUAAAUAGAUAUCAGAUAGGUUUUGGUCUUUUUUAUAAUUUAACAUCGACUAAUCUACCAUUAAUAUUUGAUGUUUAUUUUUCAACUGUAAAUUAUCAUACAAUGGCAACAAGUCUUAGUAUAGCUACGACAAGUCUAUUUCAAUUCUAUGCAAAUUCAUCAUCAAAAAAGAUUAUUACUACUAAUCAACCGAUAUUGAUUAGUGAAGAACAACUUAGUGAAGAAGAUACUUUUUUUGAAAUGAUCUAUUGUUUUGACACACUUCCAUUAUCAUUAUUUAAUUUUAUCAAUAGUAUUCUUGCAGCAGUAUUCAUUGGUAUGCUUUCAUCAAAUAUAAUUCGUGAACGUCUAACUCAUUCAAAAGAUCUUCAAUUAUUGACUCGUUUAUCAAAAUUUACCUAUUGGUUUUCUAUGGCCUUAUACGAUUUUAGUAUAUGUUUGAUUCUAUGCACUAUAUUAACCAUUAUUGUCAAGAUCAGUGCUGUUUAUCGAGUCAAUUCAGGUGCAGAAGUUCAAAUCUAUGUACCUGAUCAAUAUAUUGGGUAUUUUUUUCUAAUGUUUGUCUUAUAUUCAUUAGCAUCAUUACCAUAUAUUUAUGUAUACUCUUUCAUUCCGAGUACGGAAUUAAUCGGUUUUAUUAUCUAUUUUAUUGUCAAUGUACUUAUAUGUUUUCUCGAUGUUGUUCUCGGUUUUAUCGGAGUAUUUUCUGGUAGUCAAAAAUUGCCAGACGGAAGUCUUGUCAAUCGAACGGGAACAAUUAUGACAAAUAUUCGUUGGGUUCUAUCCGUUAUAUUUCCGACAGUCAAUCUUAAACAUGCUCUAUUUAAUAUACGUCUACGUUCGAGUGAUUCAUGUAUUGCAGCAGUGAACUCAGUUAUGGGCACAAAUUAUUCAUCGAGUGAACCAUGGAUGUCAUUGAAUGAACCUGGUUUAGGAAUACAAUUUUUGAUUUUUAUCGGCCAAAUGAUCUUCUGGUGGUUUAUUAUUGUAUUUAUUGAAAAAUUGUGGAAAAUAUAUCUAAAAAAAAUGCAAUACUAUUUUAAACGACAUAAACAAACUGUGACAACAGCAAUUGAAUGGAAUGAUACAGAACUUGAUGAAGAUGUUCGAAAUGAACGUCAACUAAUUUUGAAUCGAAGUCAAUUAACAAAAUCGGCCGUUGUUAUUGUUCGAGAUCUUGUACAAGAAUUUAAAAAACGAAAAGAAAAAUCAGUCGAAAAACGUAUUCAUAGAGCUGUUGAUCAUCUCAAUUUUUUUGUUUCACCAAGCUCAUGCUUUGGUCUAUUGGGAGCUAAUGGAGCUGGUAAAACGACAACAUUUCGUAUGUUGAUCAAUGAUAUUCAACCGACAUCAGGCGAAGUCAUUAUUAAUCAAAUGAAAAACAAAUCUGAGAUUGGUUAUUGCCCACAGUUUGAUUGGCUUGUUGAUCAUCUUAAUGUUACAGAAACAUUAACUUUAUUUGCUAGAUUAAAAGGUCUGACAUCAGUUGAUAUUAAUGACAUUUGUAUGGGAAUGAUUCAAUGUUUUGGUCUUGAUAAACACGAAAAACAACAAAUACAAAAACUUAGUGGUGGAAAUAAGAGAAAACUCAGUGCAGCACUGGCAUUCAUGGCCAAUCCGACAUUAAUUUUCUUGGAUGAACCUACUACGGGCCUAGACGCAGCUGCCAAACGAAAAGUAUGGAAUGUGGUUCGAGCAGCUCGAGAUGCUGGUUUGACCAUUAUCAUGACAAGUCACAGUAUGGAAGAAUGUGAAGCACUGUGUACUAAAAUUAGUAUUAUGAAAUCUGGUCAAUUCGUAUGUCUUGGCACUCUGCAACAUUUGAAAAAUCGUUUUGGUAAUGGUUAUGCCGUGCAAGUUAAACUAUCAAUUGACAAAGUAAAUCAACUCAAACAUGAACUCGAGCUUACUUUUUCUGGCAUCAAUAUUGAAGAUGAACACAAUGGAAUACUCUAUUGUCAUGUACCACUAUCGAUGUCGAAGGACGGUGUUCAAUCGAUGAGACAUCCAUAUAAUUUGGCAUAUGUAUUCGAAUUGUUCAAUAAGAAAAAAGAACAGAAUGAAAUCGAGAGUUUUUCAUUGACUCAAACUACACUCGAACAAAUAUUCCUUAGUCUCACUGGUCACGAAGACGAGAACGAUGCUAUUUUGUCUAAUCUAGCGGCAAACGAAAAUUCUGCUUAA